AUGGCAGGCGAGGACCACCCCUGGCAGGGCAGCAUCCUCUACAACAUGCUUAUGAGCGCCAAGCAAAAGCACAGGGCUCCAGAGGCGCCCCAGACGCAGCUGGGGGCUCCUCCGUGUUGGGGUUGCUCCUGCGGUGCCCAGUCCGUCGUGGGCAGGGGAGGACUGCCUGGCGGGCCAAACGGAGCGCUCCUGUACCGCUGCUGCCUGUGCGGUGAAAACCACCCGCGCCAGGGUAGCAUCCUCUAUACUAUGCUCACGAGCUCCAGGCCCACGCACACGCAGCCCGAGACGCCCACUGUGCGGUUCGGGGCUCCGUGCUGGGGCUGCUCUUGCGGUGCCGAGCACACCGUGGUGGGUCGAGGGGUGCCGGAGGGCGGACGGGCCAUGUCGCUCCUGUACCGCUGUUGCUUUUGUAAGGAGGAGCACCCGAGGCAGGGGAGCAUCCUCUACAGCCUGCUCACCGGCGCCAAACAAACGCACGUGGCCCCGGAAGCACCCGAGGCCCGUCGUGGAGGCGCGUGGUUGCAGCUGUCCUACUGUGCGCAGAGGCUGAGGGGAAGAGAGGGGCUGGCGGGCGGUCAGGCCAUGGCGAUCCUGUACCGCAGCUACCUGUGCAGAGAGGACCACCUGCGGCAGGGCAACGUCGCCUGCAGCCUGCCCACAAGCGCAAUCCCAACAAGCGCGGUCUCAGAGGCGCAGCCGAGGGCCCCCUGGUGGGACACCUUGUGUGUCGCUCAGCGGCCGGUGGCCCUCAAGAAUCCACAGGUGGUGUGCGAGAUGGCCUCGGCGUGCCUGCUGAAGACCCUGCGCUUCGUCAAGUAUUUGCCCUGCUUCCAGAUCCUGCCCCUGGAUCAGCAGCUGGCGCUGGUGCGGUGCACUUGGGCGCCCCUCCUCUUGCUGGAGCUCGCCCAAGACGGCUUGCACUUCGAGACCGUGGAGAUCUCAGAGCCCAGCAUGCUGCACAAGAUCCUCACCACCAGGCGGCGGGAGAACGAGGGUCAGCAGCCAGGGGCCCCGUCUGCCCCGCUGCCACAUCUGGCUCUGCCUUCUGAGGCUGGCCACUUGCCCUCGGCCGCAGCGGUGCAAGCCAUCAGGAGCUUCCUAGGCAAAUGUUUGAGUCUGAGCAUCGACACCAAGGAGUACGCCUACCUUAAGGGGAGCGUGCUCUUUAACCCAGACUUGCCAGGCCUGCACUGUGUGAAGUACAUUCAGGGCCUUCAGUGGAGAACCCAGCAGAUCCUCACUGAACACAUCAACAUGACACGAAGAGAGUGCCACACCAGAUUUGCCGAACUCAACAGUGCGCUUUUUUUGCUGAGGUUCAUCAAUGCCGACGUCAUCACUGAACUCUUUUUCAGGCCCAUCAUUGGCACAGUCAGCAUGGAUGAUAUGAUGCUGGAAAUGCUUUGUACCAAGCUGUGAAGGCGUGUA